CUGAAAGCUACAACGCCCUUUGGGUAUCUAUCUAUAAACACCGUUAAUACUCAAGGCUCUAAAUGUAAAGUGAAUCCCGAGAUAUAUCACAAACUGUUAUUAACUCUUAUAGUGAGUAUAAACUACGCUGUAAAUUAGGUUUGAACGAGUAGUGGCGCUGCAUCUCAAUGUUGAGCUGUUUUUAGUUUUGUUACACAUUCAGUAAGCGACAUUUCUGACGACGUCCCCGUGUAUAAACACGCUUUAAGUCAACAGUUAAAUGGCGGCAGAGGUGGAAGCGUUAAAGUGCACAGCUCAGCCCGACGGUGUGUUCUCUGUAAGGGCAGAGCUAUGUGAGAAGGUGGAGUCUGUGUAUGACGAGGAGCUGAUUGAUUGUGAAGUGAAUGGUAACUGGACACCACAAGAAAAGGCUCUUCAUGAGGCCCGGCUCAAAGCGAAGGCUAAACGUCGCCAACGGAAGUCGUCAUCAUCGCGUGAUUCCACCCAUGAUUCUCUGUCAGAGUGUGUGGGUGGGGACGUGACUGACCCUCACAGCCCUAAAGAAAGAACGCAAACAAAUGACCGAAAGUCCCGCAUGGGGAAAGGACGAGGGCUGCCCAAAAAAGGUGGAGCUGGGGGAAAGGGUGUGUGGGGAGCUGCUGGGUUGGUGUAUGAGAUGGAGGAACCAGACUGUAAAGAUCCAAAUUAUGAUGAGUCUGCACAGGGGCACACAGUAUAUGCCACAGUGGUUCCUGAACUGGAGGAAGAAGACCUAGAGAAGUUUAUGAACCCCAUGAUACAGGAGUACUUUGAACAUGGAGACACUAAAGAGGUGGAGAUGCUCCUGAAGGACCUGAACCUGGGACCCCGACAGUGUAUGUUCCCAUCUCUGGCUGUGUGUUUGUCUCUGGAAUAUAAAGCCAGUCAGCGUGAGCUCACAUCUCGCCUGCUGUCUGACCUCAUCGCAAAACAAGUCCUUAAUGAGGGUGAUAUUACUACUGCCUUCAAUCACACACUCGCGCAGCUGCCUGAGCUCAUCUUGGAUACACCUGAUGCUCCACAGAUGCUGGGUCAAUUUAUUGCCCGAGCCAUCGCUGACCAUGCCCUUCCCAUGGACUUCCUGCAGAAGUACAAAGGAAAAGUGGACUGUGAUCAUGCACGGGCUGCUCUGGACAGAGCAUCAGUCUUGCUAUCAAUGAAGAGAGAAAUUGUGAGAUUGGAUAAUGUGUGGGGAGUUGGUGGUGGUCAGAGACCUGUCAAACUCCUUAUCAAAGAGAUGAAUCUGCUUUUAAAGGAGUACCUUAUCUCAGGUGAACUAUUGGAAGCAGAUCAUUGUCUGCGUGACCUUGAGGUUCCACAUUUCCACCAUGAACUGGUCUAUGAGGCGGUAUUGAUGGUGUUGGAAUCUAGUGGAGAUGCUGCAAUUCAGUCAAUGGUGAAGCUGCUUCAGUCAUUUUGGAAGUCUGGACUCAUCACACUGGACCAAAUGAACCGGGGUUUUCAACGUGUGUAUGCGGAGCUCCCGGAAAUCAGCCUGGAUGUUCCUCAUGCCCACACCAUCUUGGAAAGCUUUGUGGAUGUUUGUCAUCAGCAUUCUGUCAUCACCAAGCAGCUCAGAGAUGCCUGCCCCUCCAGGGGGAGAAAGCGCUUUGUGAGUGAAGGAGAUGGAGGGAUCAUUAAGAGCUGAAGAUAAACCAGAGAGAGAAUACGAACACAUAUAUACACACACUUGUAUUUUUAGUGGUGAUGUAAGAAUGGGGCAAGCUUUAAUCUGAUCACAGUUAAUUUGCAUGUAAAAAAAAAUAUAUAAACAACUGUGCUUACAUACAUACUGUCAUGCAAGCUCACAUGCAUUUUUUUUUCUUCAACUGUAAUUAUGGUAAUUAAGUUUUAAUCAGACAUGUUACACCAGAUGUGGGUAUGUGUGUGUCUUCAGAAUGAAAGCAGUUUGUUCUUGGCAUUAAACUUGCACAUUUUCACAUUGUGUAUUUAAAAAUUUA